AAACCCUCGAGAGCCCGAAUUCCCGCCCGACAACGGAGAAGAAGAAUUGAAAGAGGAGAGCAUUCGAAAGCGUUGGCUAUGGCGGAGAAGACCGACCUGAAUAGCGGCGCUUCUCGACAUCGCUCGUCGAGGGCGUCUUCUCGGGCAGCGCAGGAGAAAAUACAGUCAAUAUCCAAGGAGGAGAAGAGGCCGAUAAGGAGCGCGGGGGGGCGCAAGAGUAAACGAGCGAAAAUUGAUGACGAGGCUCAGAAAAUUGGGGGAGAGAAAAGGGGGAAGCCGAGAAGGAAGACGAAACGCGAGGAGGCAGCAGCUGCAAAUGCUACCGAUGAAGAAGAUAAUCAGCAGGUUGCUGUGGGUAAUCCCGUUCGCCAUGGCCAUGGGAAGAAGGUGUCGAACUCGAACCUGUGCCAUCAGUGUAAGAGGAAUGACAAAAAGGCGGUCGUUCGAUGCAACCUUUGCGAAACUAAGCGCUACUGUGGGAGCUGUAUGACCAAAUGGUACCCUGCGAUGACAGAAGAGGAUUUUGCUAAAAAGUGUCCAUUUUGUCGUCAAAAUUGCAAUUGUAAAAGAUGUAUGCGGCUGGAUGGCCCAAUCAAGGAAUUAAUGGAUUCAAGGGUGGAAUAUACGGAUGAGAAGAGAGUGGAGUACUCAAAGUACAUGCUGAAAUUGCUUCUGCCUUUCCUGAAACAAUUCGAUGAUAUGCAAUAUAAAGAGAGGCAAGUCGAGGCUGGAAUACAAGGAAAACUGCAAUCAGAAUUACAACUUAAGCAAUCACGAUGCAGGAGAGACGAAAGAAUGUACUGCAAUAUAUGUAAAUCAUCCAUUAUUGAUUACCAUCGAAGUUGCCCCAAGUGUCGGUUGGAUUUGUGCGUCACUUGUUGUCAAGAGGUGCGUGAUGAUUGUUCAAAGGGGGGCAAUAAAGAAGUGGUGCUGAAAUACGUUGAUUAUGGCUUCGAAUACUUGCAUGGUGAUGGUAAAAAGUGCGUCCAGGAAUUACUGGUUGAAAAAGAUCACAAACACUCUGAGGAGUGGAGAUCGACAGAAAAUGGCGUCAUUCAUUGCCCGCCGAAGAGCAUGGGAGGCUGUGGAAAAGGAAUUUUAGAACUGAAGUAUAUUUUUAAGAACAAUUUGGUCUCCCGAUUGCUGAACAGAGCAGAAAACUUAUUCAGGACACUGGAUUUCGGGGAUCUGCAUAAAAGUUUGGAUCCCAAGUGUCCUUGUUUGGACAAGAAUGAAAAUGCCAGCAGCAUCCGCAGAGCAGCCUCCCGACAUAAUUCUGAGGACAAUUUCUUGUAUUGUCCGACUGCUACAAGCCUUCAGCCUGACGACUUGAGGCAUUUUCAGUGUCACUGGUCGAAAGGUGAGCCUGUGAUCGUGUCUGACGUGCUGGCAAACUCCAAGGGGUUGAGUUGGGCGCCAAUGGUUGUGUGGCGCGCCUUCCGCCAGGUAAAACACGAAAAGCACGGCCAGCUUCUCGAUGUGGUCGCUAUUAAUUGCUUGGACAUGUGUGAGGUCGAAAUAAAUGCGCAUCAAUUUUUCAUGGGGUAUACCUGCGGCAGGUUCGACCAUAUGGGCUGGCCUGAAAUCUUAAAGCUUAAAGACUGGCCACCCACUAAGUCCUUCGAUGAGCAGCUUCCCCGUCAUGGUGCGGAGUUUAUCAGUUGCUUGCCGUUCAAGGAGUACACACAUCCUCGUUCCGGAUACCUAAACCUUGCAGUGAAAUUGCCUGAGAAAUCUCUGAAGCCGGAUAUGGGGCCUAAGACAUACAUUGCCUACGGCAUUGCUCAAGAAUUGGGAAGGGGAGACUCUGUGACGAAACUGCACUGUGAUAUGUCCGAUGCAGUGAAUGUGUUAACUCACGCGGAGGCAGUUAAACUCGAUGCCGAGCAUCUUUCAAGAAUUGAGGAGCUGCGGAAAAGGCACGCUGCGCAGGACAGGAUCGAGCUGUAUUGCAGUGAGCAGGUGCAGGGCUCUAAAACUGGCGAAAGGGUCGAAGAAGGUGACGGAUAUGAAAGUUGCUGUCCUUUGGCUUCUGAAACCGAAAACCUUGAAGGUGGUGGCGCUCUGUGGGACAUCUUUAGGAGGAGAGACGUGCCCAAAUUGGAAGAGUACGUGAGGAAAUAUUCCAAGGAAUUCAGGCAUUUGUAUGGCAACCCGUUGCCGCAGGUUGUCCACCCUAUUCACGAUCAAUCGGUGUACUUGACUGUGGAGCAUAAAAGGCGACUGAAGGAGGAAUAUGGGAUCGAGCCGUGGACGUUUGUUCAGAAGCUAGGCGAUGCGGUGCUGAUACCUGUCGGGUGCCCUCACCAAGUCCGGAAUUUGAAGAGCUGCAACAAGGUGGCGCUGGACUUUGUGUCGCCGGAGAACGUGGGGGAGUGCAUGAGGCUGUGGGACGAGUUUCGCGGUCUCCCACGGGGGCAUCGUGCCAAGGAGGACAAGCUGGAGGUGAGGAAGAUGGUCGUGCACGGGAUGCAGGGCGUUGUGGAUGACUUGGAGCAGCAGCAGCAGCUGGCCUCCUCCUUCUAAGAUCCUUUUGUUGGAAUGUGUACGUCCGUACCUACAUAAAUGAAUUGUGGUUUUGGUUUUGGUUUUGGUUUUGGCGUGCGUUGUCUGUCCGGUGAGAAUCCAAGGAACACACACGGUUUUUAGCAAGUAAAAACA